CCGGUCGCGUUUGACCUCUUCCGCUUACGAUGGACCCUGCCGCUGCUGCCGCUCAAGCACUGAAGGAACAAGAAGACCAGAGGAAGCUCGAGGAAUACAUAGAAAAGAUUCACUACUCUGAUCGAUAUACCGACGACAAUUACGAGUAUCGGCACGUAAUCUUGCCCAAGCAACUUCUUCGACUCGUUCCCAAGAAUUUCUUCGACGAGGAGAUGGGGACACUUCGCUUACUCUCUGAGCCUGAAUGGAGAGGAAUCGGAAUCACGCAGAGCCUGGGUUGGGAGCACUAUGAAGUCCAUGCCCCCGAGCCUAAUGUCUUGCUCUUCCGUCGACCGAAAGACUACGCCCCUCCUCCCCAACAUGCGAACCCUAAAGCCGCCACACGCCGCAGAUGAUCGAACAGAAUCACCCACAUAGUACAACACCUCCGGAUUGAAUUUGGUCCUUGUUUUAGGUUAACUCUCCAAUGUAUUCCUUACCAACGGCACCCUCUUGACUGUCUUUUGCCACCUCGCCGUCCCAUUAGUCCAUAGAACCUGCUAUCGAUAUGCUUUUUUUGCGAUGCA